AUGGAAGAAGCAAGUGCUAAGCAUGCCACAGAACUCGCUUACCUGAAUGUUGGAGGAAAGAAGUACAUUACCAACUUUGAAACAUUGGUACGAUCGAAAAGUUCCUAUUUCAAUAGUAUCAUGAGAAUUGACAGAAAUUCAGGCAGAGUUCUGCUAUUUUUGAGGAGCUGUCUUGUAGAUAAGGAAGGAGCAAUCUUCAUUAAUCGUGAUGGUGAUCUCUUCGCGUAUGUACUUCAGUUUAUGAGAGAUGGUAGGCGAGCUGCUUUGCCAGAGAAUAAGUGCCUUCUUAAGCAGCUCAUUCGUGAAGCCGAGUUCUUUGGAAUGGAAAGCUGGAAGGACACGCUGAUGGAGCAGUUGCAGAUCGUUGACAGAAAGGAAAAUGAGGUAACUAUGAAUUCGACAUGUCUUAAAUUGUAUGAACUUCUACAAAUUUUAUAACC